AUGUCUAGCGCGCAGGAUCGGCUUACGAGCUCUCUUCUGAGGAUUGACGACGCCGGGCUGUAUGCAGGUAUUCAAGAACCGCCGCGGCCAGUUCCUUCUCCGUCAACGGCGUUUUCCAGGUCUCUGGCAGCUCUGAUCGAUAAGCAGAGCCGAGAGUUUGAUUUCCUGCUCCGGCUUCAGGAAGAGAGACUGAGAGCUAUUGUGCAAGAAGCGGCAAGGAAGCAGCUAGGAGCUCUACUAGAGAGCCACGAAACGAAAAUGAUGAGCUUAAUGUGGCAAAAAGACGAGGACCUGGCAAUGGCGGCGAGGAAAACGAUGGAGCUUGAGGAGUUGUUGAGAAGGAUGGAGACGGAGAGCCAAGCGUGGCAGAGACUGGCCAGAGAGAACGAAGCGAAGGUAUUGAGCCUCCACAACACGCUCUCGCAAGCCAGAGAACUGGCCACUUUGUCCUCUUCCGGCAACGGCGAUGAACAGUCGUCGUGUGGUUCCUGUGACGACCAAGAGCAAAGCAGAAAGAUGGGUUGCAAGGUGUGCAAUGCUCGAAGUUCGUGCGUUGUUUUGCUUCCUUGCAGGCACCUCAGUUGCUGCAAAUCUUGCGAAGGUUUUCUUGGGUUUUGUCCCGUCUGCCAAUCUGUAAAGGAGGCGAGCAUGGAGAUUUUCUUGGCCUGA